AUGAGAGCCACACGGCGCUCUCUGCCGAACACCUUCAAGCCAGUAACAGAACCAGCAUCGCGGCGACAGAAUGGUCCCGCACUCAGCGAAGGACCAAGGAACGGGACACAAAUCGGCCAGAUACCCAACAGCCACAGUCCCGUGCAGCCCGUCGAAUCAGCUGCGGCGUCAGGUUCAUUUCAGGGGACAGUCGAGCACUUUAUGUCGCUCGGCUACCCCGAGAAGCUCGUCCUCACUGCGCUCAAGUCAACGAGCUUGAAGCAGGGCUAUCCUACGACUGUUGUCCUAGAGAAGCUGCAGAAAGGCGAGGGCAUUCCAGAGUAUCACGAGGGCGUGUGGACGGCCAAGGACGAUGAGAGCCUUCGGUACAUCAUCAGUUACGAGAAAUUGAUGGAGGAGGGCAGCGCUCAGCAUGGCGGGGUUGUUGACGACGAGAGGAAGAUGCGCAGAAAGGUAGAGCGCGAGAACAAGAGACUGACGGUGAAGCAUGGACAAGAGGGGAUAGAGCUCCGAAGUAAGUACUUCAAGAUGUGGGAUGGGGAGUAA